AUGAGUAGUCACGAAGAUCAUGCUGAAGAAAAUAAGCCCGCCACGGUACGACGUGAACUGUCUUCUCGAGAGACUGACUACAGUGCGGAGACUUCGUCUCUUUCUCUGAGUAUGAAAUGUAACUCUCGAGCCACAUCAGCUCGAACAGCUACACACAUGCGUUCAGAUAGUCAUUGUUCCUCACGACCAGACUCUCCAGCGCCAAUAAAUCAUUAUCCCAGCUCACGCAGCAUGCUAGUGCGUUCACGAGGCAAGUCUUUCACGGGGAAAACGGAGUCUAAGCCGAUACGGUCGAGAAAAACCACUUCAUCGAGAAUUUGCGGGCGUUGUGGACUUCCUGUUUCUGGUCAAUACGUACGAGCGCUAAACGACAUUUUCCACUUGGAUUGUUUUCGGUGUUAUGACUGUGGUGUUCCUGUUGCUACAAAAUUCUUUCCUACAGAAAGUGCAGAUCAUACAGGCCAAAUACCUCUCUGUGAGAAGGAUUAUUUCCGCCGACUUGACUUGCUCUGUGCGAAUUGUGGCAUGGCCUUGCGCGGUUACUACAUUACUGCCUUAAACAAAAAGUAUCAUAUUGAACAUUUUACGUGUACAUUGUGUUCUACGAUAUUUGGGCCGAAUGACUCCUACUACGAACAUGAUGGAAAUGUGUAUUGUCACUAUCAUUACUCCACAAUGUUUGCUUCACGCUGCUGUGGUUGUCGAGGACCGAUUCUUCGUCAAUUCGUCGAAGUUUUUCGUAAUGGUACAGUUCAGAGUUGGCAUGUUCCCUGCCAUAUGAUUUUCAAAUUCUGGAAUGUGAAGCUCCCGACUGCUACUGACGAGGUUCUUGGGAAACAAGAUGUAUCAGACGGUGCGUUGGUUGAUCAGGAUGAACAGGACUCCGUACUCUACAAAAAACACGAGAAGCAGAUGGAACAGCGUAUCUUUCAUAUAUGGCGGACUUUGUCCGCCUAUGAAGAGUACACAGCUUCCUGCAUUAGUGAUAUGCUUCUUCAUGUUUCCAACCGUGAUUUUAUGAAAUGUGUCCUUGUUGUUCAAAAGUUUAUUAUGCAUGUUGAGGUUUUAUUUAAGGGAAUUGAUUCAUUGGAACACAAUUUGUUUAAACAUCAGGCGAAGGGUAUGCCUUAUAUUCGUGAGGCUAAGCUAUUGUGCAAGAAGCUUGUAUCUAUAUUUGCGCUAAUAGCCAAAUGUCAUAAAACCGAACUACGUGAAGUCUCUGCUGUGCAAGAGUUUCUUUCACUCUUUUCCGGUUUGGCCCACUAUCUUAAAUUGUUGAUAAGAAUAUCUUUGACUGGUGGCUUGCGCCUUGAGCAAGAUCACAAGUUUAAAGCUGCACUCCCUCAAUUUCUUCUUAUUAUUGAGAAUUCACGACUUCUUGAUGAAAGUUAUUCGACGAAACGUUUUCAAAUACCUCCUUCUUAUGCGGAUGCACAAUCUGAUUUAUGUUACAUUUGCCAUCAAGCCUUAGAGGAAGACUGCGUAUAUUGCUCAGACAUUCGAUGCCACAUUCAAUGCCUUUCUUGUGCUUCUUGUAAAUACACCAAACCUGGAUCGUUUGACUGGGCAAGAUGGAAUGACCGAAAAAAGGAAAUCCAGUGCUACCUUUGCUUCACGGACCCCGAUUUGCAGUCUAGUGAUUGCCAUUUCAGAUACGCUAGUCGUCUUACUCAGUAUACCUACCUUUUGCGAAUUGCUCUUGCCCGACUUUACCGAAUUUUGGCUGACAAUACUCUUGCGCCUAUUAAACCAACAUCGCAACUAAAGCAAGUCAAUUUCAGUUCAUCCACUGUUGUUAGCUCAUCCGAUUCACGAAGCACUCAAAAUGAUGAAUCAAGUGUUGAUACUUUCAAAAAGUAUGCAUCCACACUUAACGAUUUGCGCCGGUUGAAAUCUUCACGCAAUAUCUCUCGUUCUCAAAGUGUUCUGGUGCCUGACAUUUCGACCCCAGUUACCAGAAUGAAGGGACAUCAUCCUACGAAAUCCACUUCACUUAUAAUUACACCCGAUAUUCAACAACGACCUAAAGCUUCGAAUUCUCACGAACUUCCGAAGACAAUUGAAGAAAAGGAACCCCCGUUAGAACUGUACGAUGAUUGUCGAGCAUUCACACUUGACGACAUCCCCAAAGUCAUUGCUGAACAGCGUAAUCGCGAACAUCGUCCUAAUGCUUUUCGUCAUAUGCCCAGCUUUGCAGCUUCUUCCAUUCGGAAGGCAUCUGAAAAUAUUGUCCGAACGGGCGAUCAGCAAUGCCUUUCGCUUCCCGCUACCCCUCCCCAACGUCGCUUUACAGAGCUCACGAAUCUGCAACUGCUUUUUACCAAGCAUGUUGCAGUCCUGACACUACAUCCUUUGGUGAAAGAUUACUAUUCUCUUGAUGAGCUAAUGGAAAUGAGCGACUUACGGAAGGGAAGAUUUUGGGAGAAAUUUGGAAAAGCAUUCAAAAGCCGGGACAGUGAUCGUAAAAACAUGAGGAAAAAAGGUGUCUUUGGUGUUCCUCUUGACGUUUUAGUGGAACGUAACGGCGUGAAAUCAAGCUUGGCUCACGAAGGCGGAGUGAGUCGGGUCCCGCAGUUUAUUGAAGACACUCUCAAAAUCAUGAAACAGAAAGAUAUGUCUGUGGUUGGCGUGUUUCGUAAGAACGGAAAUAUUCGCCGUCUGAAGGAGCUCAGUGAUCAAGUUGACAACACCCCGGAAAGUGUCCAUUUUGAAAAUGAAGGCUCUAUCCAGUUAGCCGCCUUGCUCAAAAAGUUUUUACGUGAAUUACCGGAUCCCCUUUUAACAUUUAAGCUUUUUGGUUUAUUUAUUACAUCUUCCAAACUUGAAGAGGAGGAAGACCGGCUACGAGUUCUUCAUCUUACUAUAUGUCUUCUUCCAAAAAGUCACCGUGAUACUAUGGAAAUAAUUUUUGGAUUUUUGUAUUGGGUUGCGUCCUUCUCUCACAUUAAUGAUGACCUUGGUAGCAAAAUGGACAUUCAUAAUCUCGCAACAGUAAUUACCCCCAACAUUCUCUACUCGAAGAGCAAUGAUCCUGUUGAUGAAAGUUUCCUUGCUAUUGAGGCUGUUCAUUCAUUAAUUGAGCAUAAUGAGCGGUUUUGUUUGGUCCCUACUGAAAUUAAUAUUCUCUUGGAUGAUCCUGCACUCUUUUCAUCAACUGCGGACUGGAGUUCAAAAGAACUUGCGAAGCGAUGCGAGGAUUUGUUGGAGCAGAUACGGUUAGACGAGUCUUCUCGCCCGAAGAGAGUAGCUUCUACAAAGCGGAAGCGUCAACCUCUUCGAAAAGUCGCAACAUCGAUGAAAACGAAUGUUGCGACUGCAAGCGAGAUGGCACCAGCAGCUUCCUAUUCGGAAAGCAACGUUCCUGGUGAACCUGUCAUUGCUGACCAUAUUCAAACGGUUUCUGCAAAAGCCGUGUUUGACACCUCUUAG